UAUUGGGCGGGGCCAGGCGGAGCCGCUUCAGGGAACCUGGCUGAAGGGACAGGAAAUUUCACCAUUCUGUGUUGGACUCCUGGAGCACUGUGGUCCGGAACUGCACGUGGAAGACCCGGCCGGGUAUUCGGGACCUGAAAUCUCCCCGGAGCCGCAGUCGCCGCGCGGGGCGGCCUGGGAAAGUCACCAGUCAGCAGCGCAGUGGCGGGAACCGCAGCCCGGCGGCCCUGGAACCUCCCAGGUGUUACCUUCUUUUGGUUUUGUUCCAUGGAAAGUUCCAAGUACAUCUGAAGGAUCCCUUUCCCAUAUACAAGUCUCACAUUGCUCAGUGAGUCCUGCUCACCUGUGGAGCAGAACAAAGAGCCCUGCAUAGUGAAGAGAGACAAGGCAGUAGCAAAGGAUCCAGGUAUGUUACAAGGAAUGAAGAAGGGGUGGGGAGAUGUCAAAUGAUGGUAGGAACAGGACAUGAAAUUGGUUUUGGCAGAUUCUAUUUCAUUAAUGAUUAUGGAAAAUUUCACUGAAAAAAAAUACUAGAUGUUGUAAUAUGGAUUUCCCAUUAUUGGCUGUGUAAUAAGCAGUCAAUUGUUCUCAGUAUUUGAAAAGUUGUGAGUCUCUGACAUGACUGUUGCCCAUUGAAAAUAAAAUUUCUUUGACCCAGGCUGAAAGCAGCACCCUGGAUAUGGGUGUGAACUGAGCCAUUUAAAGGCAGGUUGAGUAUUUGUACAUAUAGCAAAUAUCAGUAGUUUGUGUCUGUGUAGACCUUGUUACCUUCCUUUUCAUUACUUGUGACCAGGUUCCCAGUACUCCAUAUAUUUCCUUCUGUGGAGCUGGCCUCAUAUUGAACCAGAAAACCUUCUGGUAUGCAUAAAAUAGUCUUGCCCCUAUGCCACCUGUGGGCAUGUCUUGCCUGGCAGAUUGGGAUUAUUGCACACAGGAUCCAAAUCUGGUUAUGGCCAUUUGUAACUGUGCCCCUGUCCCAUCCUGCAUAGCAGUUUUUGACAAAAUGAAUUCUACGACCAGGGAGUCCAAGAUAUCUGUAGACAGUGUGAGUGGUCUGAUCUGAGCUUUCUCAAGAAGGUCCCCUUGCUUUCUGACUCUCCUAUUCAUGAAUUGUUUUGCAAAGUUCAUUACAGUUGUAAUUCUUAUCUCGGAUAUUCACAUGCUGAUGCACAAUAGGCUUUGAGCUGUGAUCCAGAACCUUCUUAUAUUUAACACACAUGUGAUUGUUGUCUGUAAAAUCAGCACAGUUAAGGAUAAUAGGGAUUGAUGCAUAAGUAAUAGAUUCAAUAACUGCUGUUUCCUUAAGAAAAGUAAACUAGCAAUGCUUAGGAAUAGAGUUCUCAGCAGAGGCCCUUUGUGCUUCACUGUCCUUAAAUGUAAGCUCAGAAGAACCUCCACUCAACCCACAAGGAACGAUAAUAAACUUCUCAUUCUUAGCUAAACUGCACACCUUGCAGAAGGUCAGUUAAGUGACUGAGGAAUAAUGAACCCCAAAGAAGGAGCUCUCUGAAGGAUCAUAUGAAAGAAAAUUUCUGUUUUCUUGUUGUGUAUGCUUUUGAGACACAAUCAUUAUAUAUAGAAUUGCUCAGGUAAAAACUAUGUAACUAACCUGGGCUGUCAUGGAACUGACCAGAUAGAUCCUCUUGCUUCAGCCUCCCUAGUGCAAUGAUUAAAACCAUGCUGUCCCAGGACUAAAUUAUAGAGACCACAUCUCAAAAAAUAACUAAACAAAAAGAUCAAUAUGCAUGCACACAACCAAAAGCUCUUUCUGUAGUCUAAAAGCUUUCCAUUUUUAAAAUUAGCAAUAUAGUAGUUUAAUCCAAUAGUAAAAACAGAACAUUCUAUGUAUACUGCAGUGCAUUUCUUUGCUCUGAAUAUUCAGUUUUCUAAGCACAUAUGCAAAAUCCAUAGUGGCCACUCGAGUUUAUACUCCCCAAAGUGGUGUAUAAUUUUGUUCCUUUCCUUACAUUCAUGCCAGAUUUUGCUAUUUAUCUUGGUGAUGGCCAUCCUGAUUGGGGUGCAAUGGAAUCUUAAGUGAGAUUUAGUUGCCAUCUCCCUGAUAGCUGUGUACACUGGACUUUUUUUAUGAACAGGGCUUGAGAAGGACCCAAGCGAGCUGCACAUCCUAAUCAGUGGAUAAGUACAUAUGAGCAUAUCUUGUGCCUACUAACUUUAAAGACCUCUAGACAACUGGUUUUGAAACUCUAAAAGAAGUGGCCAAAUCUCAGUUCAUAUCCAAUGCCAAUAUUACACCACCAUGAAAAUAAAUGGAUGAUUAAGCAGCAACAACAGUGAAGCAGAAAUUCAAGCACCCCAUUAAAAAAAAAGCCCAGGAGCAGAUUGAUUCAACACAGAACUCUGUCAAGACUUCAUAGAAUAACUGAUACUGAAGCUUCUUCAAGUGUUCCUUGAUUUAAAAAUGAAGCUAGGCUUCCAGAUUCUCUAUGAAGCUAGAGUUCCCUAAUACCAAACCAGAUAAAGACACAAAAAUGAAAGCACACACUGAAGUGGUCAUUUAAACGUCUAUUAUUAUUUUGCCAUUUCACAUGAUAUAUCUCGCAUAGUGUACGCUCACAUUUCUUAUUCCCCACAGUCCUCAUCCAUAGUGCCAAGUCUCUCUGGCUUCCCCUCUCUCCCUCCCUGUCUCCCUUCUUCUCUCUUUUUCCUUAUCUCUUAUUUAUUUCCUACCUCUUAUGUUCAUUUCUGUUCAUUUUGUUCUUUGAUCCACCAAGAUUAACCAGGGCCACCUCUGAAACUGGGUUUGGAGCUGUUUUUGAGCUGUUGAGCUCAGCAGUAGAAACACAACUAAAGACAGUGAUUCCUCCUCUCCUAAAUUCUGUCCAUAGUCACAGUUGAGAGGUAAAGGGUGGGACAUUGUGAGCAUCUUCCCUUCCUAGACUGAUUGUAGCUAAGGCUGGUCUUGAGUGAGGCCAGUGCAGGUAAGACAGUUGCUCUGGGUUACUGAUUACUGUAGUUGUGUGGAGUCUCGAGAAUGGCAGGUCAUGCCCAUUCCCUCUCUUCCCCUUAGUUCCUUUGCACAGCCUCUUCCUCAGUAUUCCCAGAGUCUUAGAUGGCACGGUAUAACUCACGGUUGAAGGCUGUAACCUUGUAAUAUCACCAUCUUGUGGUGAAAGCAGAACAGUGCAGGAUGAAAUCAACACUAGGCUGUUAGCAGUUGACCAUGACUUCCUGAGACACCUAUUUCCUUUCCAAAUCCUGAGUUCCUUGAGAAAUGUCUUCUCCCAGGUCAGUAUUGCGAAUAAGUGUAAUUCUGGACAUUUGGCCAGGAAUAGUGGAGUUCUGUGAAGGAAAGAUAAAGAUGGCUUUUUAGUGUCACUUCAUUUGCAUAGUGAUGGUAAUGAUUAUCCAGCUUCCUGGGAAAGCUCUCCAGAGUGAGUUAUGGUGUCUAAAAUUUAGACUAUUUUAUAUAAUAGGAGAACGCGCAGCUGGAAUUUCACUUUUAUGUUGAACUAGUGCUACUUGCAAAGAGAACUUUUUUGAUUCAUUAUUUUUUUGACUAAGCCAUUCAGCUCCUCUACCUUGUCUUCAAGCUUGAUAUUCUGUCUCCUGCCUGAUGUGUUUCAGUUAUUGUUAGGUUCAUUGCAUUUUCUUUUCUUGUUUCAUUUCAGCUUUUUUCUUUUUCUUUUAUUUUUUUGGUAUUUCUAACUACUGAGUGAAUUCAGUUUUCAUUUCUUACAUUUUCCUCCUGUCCGUGAGCCAUUGACUAGUGUUUUCAUGCCCAUCAAUUAUUACCAUCAAUCAAUUAUUGCAUUUCUCAUUUCAAGUUUUUCCCCUUGGUAUUUCUUACUAUUUAUUGAAUUCAAUUUUCAUAUCCUGCAAUGUCCCCAUUUCCGUCAGCCAUUUGCUUGUGUUUUCAUGUCCAUCAAUCAUUUUGUAUUUAUCCCGAGUUGAUUCACAUGCUUUAUAUUCUUUGACUCCCUUGAUCAUGACUCUGGAUUUUCUAUUCUUCCUCUUGCAUAUCAUUUAAAUUGCUCUCCUUAGGGGAUACAGCUAUGGUUGUGAUUUGAGUCAAGGACAAUUAGUCUCAUUUUUAAUAUUUUGUGUUGAGAAUGGGACCAAAACAAAUCAGAGUUUACCCUGUCUGUUGUAUUUUACAGUGUGGCUUGAUCCCAGAAGGCUGGCGUCCCAAGAUGAAAACUUAGGCGGAAUAACUAGUGUUGAAAGGGCUCAGUAACUAGGAUGGAGGUUAGGUAGCAGAGUGCAGAGGCCUUCUAGACCCAGUCCUGGUCAAGGCUGGCAGCGAGCAUGUGGGGAGGCUGUGCAAAGCGGGUCCAGGGCAGCCUGACAGCUGGAGCUGUGUGGAAGGCAGCCUGAGACCGAGUGGAGGGACAUGGCUCUGAGGGUUAGGGACACUAUCCUGAUCAGAAAAGUUAUAGGUUAAAGAAAAAAAAAUGCAUCUGUAAAACUAAUUAAGGAAUGGGAAGUGUGUGGCCUGAGUGUUUAAGAGGGACCACUGGGAUGGUGGUGUAGUGGGCGGGUCCAGGGGGACCCACUUAAAUGAUCCUGCCCAGAGUGACAGGAAACUCCACCAUUCCCUGAGGGACCUGGUUUUAGUCACCCAUCAUGAGUGAAUAGGCCAGAACUGGAUCCUGCAGGGGCUAGAACUGUGAAGGUCAGAGGAGCUGUGCGGCUGAGAAAUGGGCAGGAAGGGAACUGCCAUGUUUUCCACAGCUGCUCACAAGGGUGCCUUGUCUCAAAGCCUGAUGUUCUGUCUCCUACCUAAUCAAUUGAUCUCUUUGAAUUAUUAUUAGGCUUAUUGCAUUUUUUAUUUCUUGUCAUUUCAGUUUGGUUUUUGUUUGUGUAUGUUUAACCAAUGAAUUCAUUUUUCAUAUCCUUAUUUUCUACAAUCAUUUCCUUGCCCAUGAAUCAUUUUGUUCCUAUCCUCUUUGAGUUGAUUCCCAUGCUUUAUAUGCUUUUACCUCCUUGAGCAUGCUCAUCUUUUCGAGUUCUGUAUAUUGGAUAUCGUUUAAAUUGCUCUCCUUGGGGGUUACAGAUAUUGUUUAUGAUUUGAGCCAAAUGUUUUUUUUUUAUCUUAGUUUUAAUUUGUGUUGGGAAUGGGACUUGAGCAUCAGAAUUUAGAAUGUUUGUUGUCUUUUGCUGUGCGUUUUUAACCCAGGAGCCUGUUAACCCAAGAUGAGAAGUUAGGCAGGAAAACUUGUAUCUGAAAGGUUGAGAACUCACUGUGGGGGUCAGAUACCAGGUGCAGCGUCCUCCUAGAUCCAGGUGUGGUCCAGGCUGGCAGCGAGCAUGUGGGGAGGUUGUGCAGAGCGGGUGCAGGGCAGCCUGACAGCGGGAGCUGUGUGGAAGGCAGCCUGAGACCGAGUGGGAGGGACGGCACAAUGAGGUAGGGACAGAACAUGGUGAGAUGGUUUAAGGAAAGAGUCUGUGGGGGCGCAGGAGAAUUGUUCAAGUAAUUAAGAAAAAGAGAUCGUGGUAGGCAGGUUUAAAGAAAAUGCGUAACCGGAACCCAGGAUGUAUUGGGCGGGGCCAGGAGGAGAAGGUCCAUGGAACCAGCCUGAAGCUACAGGAAAUUCCACCAUUUUGUAUUGGACUCCGGGAGCCCAGUGGUCAGUACCUGGGUGAGGAACACAGCUGGGUAUUUGGGGACCUGAAAACUUCCCUGAGGCGACCCUAAGCUGCAGGCACUGCCCAGAGUUGGGACCUGAAAUCUCCCGGAGCCGCAGUCGCCGCGCGGGGCGGCCUGGGAAAGUCACCAGUCAGCAGCGCAGUGGCGGGAACCGCAGCCCGGCGGCCCUGGAACCUCCCAGGUCAGAGGAGCUGCGGGGCUGGGACACCGGAGGGGAGGGACCGGGGUGUGCGCGCGGAGGCUGCUCAGAAGGACGCUGUCGGCUCCCGCCGCCCGUGAUGGAGGCGGUGGCAGUGGAAGUGGUAGUUUACGUCGCCUGCAGCCAGGCUCAGACAUUUCCACUCACUACAAGCUGGGUGCUUCCCUAUGGGCCACUCGCACCCCUCAAAAGUGUUUGUCACAGUUCUCUCGCCUUCUCGUCCCUUGCUCUCUUACUUGUUCUCUGUCUGUACGUCUGCCUCUGUCAUGUCCGCACUCCGAGACGGCCUUUGGCUCUUCUGCUCAUCCUCUUUCCCCAAUAAACCUCCCGCCCUAGACCUGUUGCACAUGGCAUGUUCUCUUCCUGACCACCAUGGCCGUCCUCCAGAGGUACCCCAUUUUCGCAGCUUUAUCCUUACAGAUACAGCUUCCAAAUUCUGUUGAUAUCUUUGUGUUGUCGGUAAGUUUGAUAUCCCAGGAAAUGGAUCUUAUCGUGAUUAUUUUCACUUAUCUGACGGUUGCCAGACUGUCAUAAAAUAAUUCUUAAAAUAACCUAAUAGAGUAUUUUCAUUUUCUAUUGUUUGCAAACAGGGUUCUUUCUGCUAUGGUGGCUGUUCCAAAGCUCCUGGAAUUUAAAUUCAUCCAUGCUUUCAAACUCCCGUUUUUACCAUUUGCCACUUCAAGAGAGAGUGGCCUUUAUCCCUGAGACUAGACAUUCUCAGAGAGCAGAUAAUAAUUACAUGAGGAACCAGUGCAAAUAUAAUUAAAAAGAAAAUAUAUUUUAUAGAGUCUCACAAUAUGGUUGUAGACAUUAUGCAAACCUUUUACUCCCCAUUAGUUUUUCAUCUGAGAUAUAUGCAGUCUGGGAUGUAAAUACAGUAUUCAGAAAUGUGUCUUCAUAUGCUGUGUUCUUAUGUCACAUCUUCGUUCCAGGCAAUCCCCAAAUAAAUAGUGUGAGAGUCCAUCAGGCCACAGUAUUUUAUAGUUAGCACACUCAUUAAAAAUUGAAUCAAAAUUUUAGAAAGCCUCAUUUGAAUAAUUGUAAUCCCUCACCUGUAUCAGGAAAAUGUCUCCUUGCUUGAAGAAGAGCAUUCUACUCAUGCACACAUGGCUAAACUGUCCUUUCUUAUUUCAGGGUUUGUUGACAUUCAGUGCUGUGACUGUGGACUUCUUGUGGGAGGAAUGGGAAUGCUCCGGCCUUGCUGAUGGGGCUCUCUGCAGAGAUCUGUUGGAGAAUUACAGCAGUCUGGAUUCUGAGGGUCUCACAUUGCUCAGUCUGUCCUGCCCUCCAUGAAGCAGAAAAAAGAACCCUGGAUGGUGAAAGGAAAGGAGCCAUUAGCAAAGGAUCUAGCAAGAAUUCCAGAUUUUGGUCAAGAAAUAGAAAUUCAGAGAAGAACAACAAGAACAAUGAAUGCUUCUCUGGGAAAUGCUCCCAAGUGUCUGUUAACAUUCAGGGAUGUGGCUGUGGAUCUCUCGAAGGAGGAAUGGGAAUGUCUAGAUUGUGCUCAGAGGGCACUGUACAUGGAUGUAAUGUUGGAGAAUUACAAAAAUCUAGUCUUUGUAGGUCAAAAUCAAAGAGUCCAGAAAGAACACAAAAAUACAGAGCUUGAUAAAUCUUUAGACUGUCAACAUGAACUCACACUGAAAGGAACCAAUAGUGGAAAGAAAGCAUAUCAAAGCAGGAAAGGUAGAAACUGUUUCAAGACAGACUCAAGCCUUAAGAGACAUCACAGAACUCAUACUAGACAGAAACCCUAUAAAUGUACAAAAUGUAGUAAAUCCUUUACACGUUUGUCACAACUCAAACUACAUUGCAAAUUCCAUUGUGGAGAAAAAUCUUACACAUGUACAGACUGUUCUAAGUUCUUUUACCAGAUUUCAGAAUUUAAAAGACAUUUGCAUCAGAAAAUUUGUGCUGAAGAAAAACCUUACGCAUCUGGUGAAUAUGAUAAAUUCUUUACCCAGAAAAUGAAUCUUAGAACUCAUCGGAAAAAUCGUACUGAACAGAAACCUUAUAAAUGUAUUGAAUGUGAUAAAUCCUUUACCACUGCCUCGCAUCUUAGAACUCAUCAGAGAAUGCAUACAGGAGAGAAACCUCACAAAUGCAAUGAAUGUGGUAAGUCCUUUACUCGGAAAGACCGUCUUAGAAGACAUCAGAAAAUUCAUACAGGAGAGAAACCUUAUAAAUGCAAUGAAUGUGACAAAUCCUUUACCCUGAAAAGCAAUCUUAGAACUCAUCAGAGAAUUCAUUCAGGAGAGAAACCUUACAGAUGCAGUGAAUGUGAUGAAUCCUUUACUCGUAAAGACCGUCUUAGAACUCAUCAGAGAAUGCAUACAGGAGAGAAACCUUACAAAUGCAAUGAAUGUGAUAAAUCCUUUAUCAGUUGCACCGAACAUAGAAUACAUCAGAGAAUGCAUACAGGAGUGAAACUUUACAAAUGUAGUGAAUGCGAUAAAUCCUUUACCCAUAGAGGUAUUUUUAAUACUCAUCAGAGAAUUCAUACAGGAGAGAGACCUUACAAAUGUAUUGAAUGUGACAAAUCUUUCAUCCGGAGAAUCCAUCUUACAUAUCAUCAGAGAAUUCAUACAGGAGAGAAACCUUAUAAAUGCAGUGAAUGUGGUAAAUCUUUUAACGACAGAGGCAGUCUUAAUACUCAUCAGAGAAUGCAUACGGGAGCGAAACCUUACAAAUGUGUUGAAUGUGACAAAUCCUUUACCACUUCCUCACAUCUUAGAACUCAUCAGAGAAUUCAUACAGGAGAGAAGCCCUACAAAUGCAGUCAAUGUGACAAAUCCUUUACAAGUGGCACAGACCACAAAAGACAUGAGAGAAUUCAUACAGGACAAAAACCUUACAAAUGCAGUGAAUGUGAUAAAUCCUUUACACAUAGAAGCAGUCUUAGUAUACAUCAGAGAAUGCAUACAGGAGAGAAACCUUACAAAUGUAGUGACUGUGACAAAUCUUUUACCACUGCCUCACAUCUUAGAAUUCAUCAGAGAAUUCAUACAGGAGAGAAACCUUACAAAUGUAGUGAAUGUGAUAAAUCUUUUACCCGUAGAGGCAGUCUUAGUACUCAUCAGAGAGUGCAUACAGGAGAGAAACUUUACAAAUGCAGUGAAUUUGACAAAUCUUUUCUUGAGAAAGACCAUCUUAAAACUCAUCAGAGUAUAAAUACAGGAGAGAAACCUUACAAAUGCAGUGAAUGUAACAAAUCCUUUACCCUGAAAAGCUAUCUUAAAAUUCAUCAGAGAAUUCAUACAGGAGAGAAACCUUACAAAUGCAGUGAAUGUGACAAAUCCUUUAUUGCAAUAUUCAGUCUUACUGCUCAUCAGAAAAUUCAUAGAGGAGACAAACCUUACAAAUGUAGUGAAUGUGACAAAUCUUUUACUCGGAAAGACCAUCUUAGAACUCAUCAGAGAAUGCAUACAGGAGAGAAACCUUACAAAUGCAGGGAAUGUGAUAAAUCCUUUACCCUGAAAAGCUAUUUUAGAAUUCAUCAAAGAAUUCAUACAGGAGAGAAACCUUACAAAUGCAGUGAAUGUGACAAAUCCUUUAUCAGGACAUUCAGUCUUACUACUCAUCAGAAAAUUCAUAGAGGAGACAAACCUUACAAAUGUAGUGAAUGUGACAAAUCUUUUACUCGGAAAGACCAUCUUAGAACUCAUCAGAGAAUGCAUACAGGAGAGAAACCUUACAAAUGCAGGGAAUGUGAUAAAUCCUUUACCCAUAUAGGCAGUUUCCAUAGUCAUCAGAGAAUUCAUACAGGAGAGAAACCUUACAAGUGUAUUGAAUGUGACAAAUCCUUUACAACUGCCUCACAUCUUAGAACUCAUCAGAGAAUUCAUACAGGAGAGAACCUUACAAAUGCAGUGAAUGUGACAAAUCCUUUGUCAGUUGCACAGAAUGUAGAAGACAUCAGAGAAUUCAUACCGGAGAGAAACCUUACAAAUGCAAUGAAUGUGAUAAGUCCUUUACCACUGCCUCACAUCUUAGACUUCAUCAGAGAAUUCAUGCAGGAAGGAAACCUUAGAAAGGCAGUAAAGGUGACAAAUCCUUUAUGAAAACUACCGUAAAAUUCAUCUUAAAAUUCAUGCAGAAGAUAAACCUCACAAUGCAGCAAAUGUGACAAAUCCUUAUCUAUAAAGGCAAACUUAGAACUCAUCAGAUAAUACAUACAGGAGAGAAAUUUUACAAAUGCCAUGAAUGUGAGUUCACCUCAAAAGCUAUCUUAGAACUUAUUAGAGAAAUCAUACAGGAGAGAAACCUUAAAAUGCACUGAAUGUGACAAAUCCUUUAGCAAGAAAGGCCAUUUGAGACCUCAGUAGAUAAUCUAUAAAAGAGAGAAACCGUACCAAUGUUGUGAAUGUGACAGAGCCUUCAUCAGUUGCUCAGACCAUAGAAAACAUCAGCAAAUCCAUACAGGAGAGAAACCCUACAUAUGAAUUGGAUGUGAAAAAUCUUUUACAUGUGCCCUCAUCUCUUAGAAGAAAUUAUAAUGUUCAUACACAAGAGAAACCUUACCAAUGUAUUAAAUGCAAGAAAUCUGCCACAAAAUCACCUGAGAACACACCAAAGUGUUUAUACAGGUGAGAAAGUUUACCAUGACUAUAUGAGAAAAAGCCUUUACUGUCUCUCAAGUCUCAACAUAAAAUUAUGAAAGCUUUUCAGUAACAAUCAAAUCUUAGAAUAUACAUUUAUACUGAGGGAAAUUCUAAAGAUGUUGAAAUGUAGGAAAAUUUUCAUUAGAACUUUUUAUACUUAUGCAACCUUAAAUGCUUCAUAAUGAAGAUACAACACAGAAACCUGGAGAAUGUGCUGUUAAGUAACCGUUUCCUGGUGACUGCAGGCAUGUGUGUUGUAUAGGAACUGAGUCAGAAAACCUCAAAAGGUUUUCAAGCGAUCCCUGAAACUGACAGAUUUCAGUAUGCUUAAACCAAAUGAAGAAAUUCAGAUCCUAGUCCUUGAAAAGAUUUUGACAAAAUGAUCCACCAAGAUAGGAUGCUUUUUAUCUAGUUGAUAUGCCUACAGGUGUGCGGUGUGUUCCCAUUGUUAUGAAUGUAUAUGCUGUAUCCCAUGCUGGUUUGGAGCUUCAUGAUAAAAACUGUCUUUGAGUCCCCUCUUCUCCAGUAAACAACUACUUGACCCUAUUUCUCAAACUAAUGCUAAUAAAGCUCUUGGGUUUAACAGGGUUGACUUGGUUCUCUUUUCAGUUCCCUGUUGGGAUAAGUAGCUUCACAGGUAUAGUGCAUUUACCCAGGAAAAGUGUCUCAUUAAACAUGUGCUUAAGCAAUUGUUCCUCCAAGCUUGAUGUACAACAGAUAAUAGAUACCAGAAAGCAUUUACAUCACUAAAGCAGGGAAGACUUUUUGCUCACUGCUCCAGGUUUACUACUAUAUUAGUACUUCAUUCAGUUAAAUGUGCUCCACACAGAUAGAAUGUAAAGCUUUGGGGUGUUGUAUUAUAUUUUCUUUGUUCUGACAAAUAAAGGCUUGCCUGGAGAUCAAAUGGUGGAGCCAUCCACUAGUUACUCAUAAGAGCAUGGUAGUGGAGGAUCAUGCCUUUAAUCCUAGCACUAGGGAGGUAGAGACAGAAAUAUAAGGCAGGUGGAGACCGGAUCUCCUCCCACAUACACACUCACCUCUAAUAUGUAAAAGUGAUUGUAACUGCCUUGAUUCUCUGAUUUAUUUUUAAGCUUUCGUCCUAAUAUCUGUCUCUGGGUUUUUAUUGUUUUAUGUGCCUGUCCUACUACAUAUCCACCAUUUUAUUUUAUCAUGUGGAUGCUCAGUGGGAGUCAGAGUAGUAUGCUCUGAACUUGUUUGCCCCGCAUCAGGGGUCUCAACAACUGGACUAUACCUGUCUUAGGUUGGCUUGCCAAAGGGUUCUUAACCUGACUAUCAGCCCUUGAAGAUCAUUCAUCCCUGGGGAGUCACCCUGGAUGUGGAGGGACAGGCAAUGGCCUGUGAAUUUUAGAAAACCAGGCAUGCAUAACAUCCUGUGGAGAGCUAUGAGUCGGAUGUAUAAGAGCCAUUAACACCUGUAGAGUCACCUUAGUGGCCACCCUUUGUUGCCAGAUGUCCUGUAAGAGACACUUAGAAGGA